AUGAGCGAUUUUUGCAAUGUCCGCACUAGAAAUCUUCACAACGAUGUGACGAAUUGCCUUGAUGUUACCGGUACCGCCAAUCACUUUGAAUCGACCGCCCAUUUCCUACAGUCUGAUUUUUCGGGUCUUCGCAAUUUUUGUGACGUUCGUCUCCAUUUCCAAAAUGAAAUUCUACUCGUCCAUUCGGCAGUUCUCGCCGCAUUCUCAUCAACUUUUUUGGAGAAACUCAAAAAAUCGGAAAACGGAUCAUUCGAUGUGGAUCUGAAGUUUCUGGACAAGAACAGUGUGAAGAAAGUGUUGGAUUUUAUCUAUUUUGGAAAAGUCACAUUUAAUUUUGAUACACUUCAAAACGAUUUAGAAGUCAUCUCGUAUUUUGGAAUUGGCCAACUGCAGGACGAGAUUGAGAAGAAAUUGGUGGCGAUUGCACGAAAAGGGAAAUGUGUGGAAGUUUUGAAUUUGGUCACGACCAAUUUGAAAACGAUCCCUCACUCUCCAUCCACAUUGCUUGCCGUAUCCGAUGAGACCGUUUCUGAUCUUGUUUCGAUUCUCCAUGUUCUCUCCUCAACCAACCAACUCAGCUACUCGAAUCUUCUCUCAAUUUCCGUCAAUUCCAUCGUCACAAUUGUAUCGUCGCGAAUUCCGGAUUCCAUGAAAAUUGAUGUCAUCAACAUUGCGUUGAAAUGGAUUUAUGAACGUCGUCUAAACGAUCGGAAAGCGUCGAAUAUUCUCUGUGGACUGACGUUCGGAUCCAUGACCUACGCUGAGCUGGUGCAUUUUCGAAGUUCAUUGAUUCAGACGGUCAUUCCGGUUACGCUGGACAUAGUCUGCACCCAUGCCGAACACUCUAUCCACACUCCCAACCCCGCUGCCACAUCCAUCUCCUCAUUCCCAUUGAAUGAUGCCACGUCACUGGGCGUCGCCACGAUUCCAACAGCGGCUACGUUGCAAUCUGAAAAUUUUGACGAUUGCAACACGGCCAUGUCAUUUACGGCGGACGACUUGAGACGUUUGGGAUUUGCGAAAAUGCCGUUGACUCGACAAAAACAACAGGACGAAAAGUGA